AAGCACAGAAGGUUCUGCCUCAGGGUGGAUGCUGUGUCAUAGUGAUUUAAAUUUACAUUUCUUAUUAUAUUGUAACAUAUUUUCUUCCCCUUACAGGUAUCCUCUGACAAAUUACACAUUUGGUACAAAGGAACCCCUGUAUGAGAAGGACAGUUCCGUGGCAGCUCGGUUUCAGCGCAUGAGGGAAGAGUUUGACAAGAUUGGCAUGAGGCGGACAGUGGAAGGGGUUCUGAUUGUACACGAGCACAGGCUGCCCCACGUGCUGUUACUGCAGCUGGGUACAACUUUUUUCAAGCUACCUGGUGGUGAACUCAAUCCAGGAGAAGAUGAGGUAGAAGGGCUCAAACGCUUAAUGACAGAGAUACUGGGUCGUCAGGAUGGUGUUCAGCAAGACUGGGUGAUUGAUGACUGCAUUGGUAACUGGUGGAGACCGAACUUUGAACCUCCACAGUAUCCCUAUAUCCCAGCUCAUAUUACAAAACCAAAAGAGCACAAAAAGCUUUUCUUGGUCCAGCUUCAAGAAAAGGCUUUGUUUGCAGUCCCAAAAAAUUACAAGCUGGUCGCUGCACCAUUGUUUGAGCUCUAUGACAAUGCACCAGGAUAUGGGCCCAUUAUUUCCAGCCUUCCUCAACUUUUGAGCAGGUUCAACUUUAUUUACAACUGAAUUCCUGUGUACCUGAAGAGUCUGAUAGAAGAAGCCGUCUCUGUGAGCACAGCUUUAAAAUGUAGAGAAAAGAAUACAUGUGACGCAAGGGGUUUUUUUUAUGUCAUUCUUUUCCUGAAGGCCACUAAACUUUCUAUUGUAUGAAUAGAGAAGUGAAUCUCAACUGUUUAGGUAGUGGGAUGGCAAUGUGAUAUCAGUGUUUUAAUCACUUUUCAUUGUAAUACUCACCAAAUUUUUUUUUGUACAACAUUAAACAAAAUGGUUAAGAUUC